CUGUCGAUGCAGCGUCAGUGCAGCACUCUGUCCAACGACAGGAAGUUCCUGCUGGACAUGCUCUACUCUAAGACGUCCAGCUCGGCGCCGCUGAGCCCGACUGCUGCUGCUCCUCCAGACACCACCGAAGAAGAAGGGACUGCUCAGCCUGGUGGAGACGCCGGCGCUCGCGGCCGCGUGUUGGAGCGUCUGUCCAGCUUCACGGCGCGCUCUGCCGAGCCGUGCAGCCCCAGCGAGAGCAGCGCGUGCCGCAGGGCGGAGCUGGAGGGGCUGGAAGGCUCCGCCCAGGCGGCGCUGGCCCGACUCGCAGAGGAGCAACAGAACCGCCACCUCCGUCAGCAGAGCAGCAUCGACGUGGAGAGCCACGCCCGCCGCCUGGAGACCACCCAGAUGACCCCGCUGGGCCCCGGGGGCCCGGCAGACGCCUGGGACCAGCUGCAGCCGAGCGCCGCAGCCCUGCGCAUCAAAGACCUGGACUUCUCCGACCUGCUGGAUGAGGAGGACAUCGACGUGUUGGACAUGGACACCUUCGACUCCUCCUCCUCCGGCGCCUCCUGCUUCUCCGGCGUCCCUCCUCCACCUCCUCCUCCCCCUGGCCUGGGUGCUCCUCCUCCUGCUCCUCCUCCUCCCCCGGGCCUUGGUGCUCCUCCUCCUGCUCCUCCUCCCCCUCCUCCACCAGGAGGUUCAAAGAAGAAGAAGACGGUGAAGCUGUUCUGGAAGGAGCUGAAACAGGCCGACGGGCCGCACAAGUGUCGCUUCGGCCGGGGGACGGUGUGGGCGUCUCUGGACAAGGUGGCGGUGGACACGUCCAGACUCGAGCACCUGUUUGAGUCCAAAGCUAAGGAGCUGCCCGUCGCCAAGAAAGGACCGGAGACCAAGAAGUCCGAGAUUCUGGUUCUGGACCCAAAGAGGAGCAACGCCAUCAACAUCGGGAUGACCGUCCUGCCCGCCGUCCACGUCAUCAAGACCGCCAUCCUCAACUUUGACGAGUUCGCCAUCAGCAAGGAGGGCAUCGAG